AUGGGUAAUGCCCCAGCUAGCGCCGAUGAUGAAAGUCCAAUCACUACAAAUACAAGCACUGAACAGCAAUCCCCARCCAUAAACAAUCAGCUUCUAGAGGAUUAUUUCAAAAAGCAAGAGGCCUUCAAUCAAAGAAUUGAAGAACAGUUGAGGUUGGCACUGAAGGAAUGCGCCUCACAAAAGCCAACUUCUAAGCGCCUACCGAAGGACUUGACGAAACGGGCUGGUCGCAAGAAGGCGUUGCAGCAAUCAACAUCAAUCACCGAAGAAGAAAAGAAGAAGUACUCUUUGGUGAUGACAAAUGAUUUUAUGUCGUCCGAAGAGUCUGCCUCUGAUGAUCACGUCAGUGAUUCAAGUUCAGGAUCGGAUGAUGAAGAGAACGUGGUUAAAAGAAAGGUGUUCGUAUUAAAGAGUCUCACUUGGAGAAGUGAUGAGCUGAACAAGGUGAUGAAGGCGCUAGAUCGCAAGAGCCGAAGAAGAAAAUCUCAGAAAAGUCUGAGUAUGAGUAUACAAAGAAGAAAUGGGGCAYCUUCUCGUAGACAGGCCCCAAUUGACGCUCCAGAGUUUGCCAUAAAACCAGAGUUUUAGCACAGAUACUUUAUUUCAGUGUAAGCAUGAUCAACUAUUAAACAUUUUGUGAAUUUACUGAAGUUGCGCUUAUUAUAUCAAAUAAUUAACAUUUGUUUAAAAAGUCUAAU